GAGCACAGCAGGCCAGGCCUCAGACAUGGAAGCCGCCCACAUCUUGCUGGUGCUGGCCUUGCUCUCAGGAUGCCUGAGGUCAGGCCAAGGCCUGGAGGAAGAGGGACUCAGCAACAAGGAGCUCUUAGCUGAAGAGCCCAAUCCGUACCCAGAGAGACUCUUCGACUGGAUGCAGCAAGAAAACGAGGAACGGGCUGCCCAGAGCCCCCCUGAGGAGCAUCCGCUGGGCAUCCUUCUCCGCUCCUUCCUCCAUGCUGUGCAGAGACCCGGCCGCAGCCCUUCCUUUCUGUUCCAGCCCCAAAGGUUCGGCCGUGAUGCCCGGGCCAGUUCCAGCAGCAGUGGCCGGAUCAACCCCCGGGCGUGGGACUCCAUGGCACCGCAGUUUCUGAGCAUGGCCGCUCCGCAGCGCUUUGGCAAGAAGAAAUGAAGCUGGAAACGCUGACGCCCAGAAACCCACUAAGAACUAUUGCCGACUGGAUUCUGCCAAACGAAAUCAAAGCCUCUCGUUCCCCUUCAGCGUCUACGUCU